GCGCAGGUGUGCUCGCUGGCGGCGCUCUGUCUGGAGCCGCACUACCGCACCAUCAACGGAUACCAGGCCCUGAUCGAGAAGGAUUGGUUAUCGUUCGGUCAUAAGUUCACAUCCCGGUGCGGCCACGUCGCUGGUGAUGCGCGGGAGCGCUCGCCCGUUUUCACUCAGCUGUUAGACUGUACUUGGCAACUGUUGAGACAAGUUCCUGAGGCAUUCCAAUUCAACGAGAGAUUUCUGCUGACGCUACACGACCACGCGCACGCAUGUCAGUACGGCACGUUCGUCGGUAACUGCGAGAAAGACAGACGGGAUCUCAGGUUGUCGGAGCGCACUUUCUCGCUGUGGGGCUACAUGGCGAGCCACCUCAACGAAUACAAGAACCCGCUAUACAAUCCCAAAGCACAUCCCGAUGUUCUGAAGCCAGAUUUACACGCGCAGAGCAUAAGGUUCUGGCGCGGGAUGUACUGCCGAUAUGAGAGUGGGGUACAUCCUCGCGAGCCGUUGGAAGACUUGCUCCCUGCCGCCACCGAGCACUCCGCAGCGCUGCAACAGCAUAUCGACUAUUUAGCUCGCCGCAUCACAACUUUCAAGAAACUACUAUCGGGCAAGAAAGUUGAGAAAGAAAGAGAAAGCUCUGUCGUGGUCAACUAUCAGAACGGUAACCUCGCUUCAGUGGAGAUUGAGACGAGAACGGCACAACUGAGCAUCGAUAACAAGUUUAAUUAUGAGUCGGGUGCGAACUUAUCUGAAGUCGAAUGCGCCAACGAUGACCACCCUUUGAAGGAAGCGGCUCCUGUCAAACCUAACCACAUUCCUCUCAUCACCGAGAGAACAGACGCGUCGAUACCGCCCAGUCUGGCAGCGUUGGAGGAAGAGAUGAACUCAGUGGCUGUAGACUGGAAGAGCAUCAAGAACGUCACCGAGUGUAGUUGCUCCACGCCUCUGGACCACUUCAGUAGAAAGCACCACUGCUGGAGCUGCGGCGGGUGCGUGUGCACGCGGUGUUCCCGCCGCGCCCCUCUCCCCGCGCUCGCGUCUUCGGCGCCCGUGCCCACUUGCAGCACCUGCGCCCCGGUCACGUGAAUUAAAUUCCCAUAACUAUAUUGCCAAGACUUUUAGACUGGAUUAAUUUUAGUAUUAAUUACGAGAACUUAAGUGAAUAAAUUGUACAAAAAAGUCAAAUCCAUCAAAUUAACAAAACUUUUUAUUUGUAACUUACACUUGGACGAAGUUCCUGAAAAACGAUACAAGCCACAAACAUCACAUUUAAGGAGUUCGUGUUUAAAGUUUAAUAAAUAUUAGGGUAUCCAUACAUGUGGGUUGGCCUACUAAGUCUUGAUGUUAUUUAAAGAGUGAUAGUAGGGCUGCCAUUAUUUGUCAGUCCGUUAAUAUGAAUCACGUGACCAGUUUUGUGUUCUUAACUCAAUCUACUGGAGUUACGUUCAAUUGUGUUAUGACAUCUCUAAUAGGACAUAGGCUGGCCGGUUGCACCACCACUUUUGCACAAACAUUUUAAAGUAUUGGUUAGGCAAAAAAUGAGUUUUACCAUUGGACAAUUUUCAGAUGACGUCAUAACUUUAAUAAGAUUUAUUACUAAGUUACUUAAUUUUUUCAUAAUUAAAAUGCUGAAUGUACCUAAUUAGAAUAACCAACCUAGAAUUGGUAUGUAAGUGCAAAGCAAUUGUUAAUGUUAAGUUGAGUUAUUGUUUGGUACAUAUUAAAUAAAUAAAUAAACUGUUAACCGUAACUGUCCAAUCUUCGCCAGUUAAAGCUAUUGUUAAUGUGAAAUCGCUAAAUAGUGACCUGUCAAAAGAUUUAAAUAAAUAUUUGAUAUUGACUUGACACGUCCCUUUUUUAACAUUAACUAUGCCAAGGAAUACGAUGGUGCAACACAUUCCGCAGUUUAUGUUAAAGUCAACAUUACUGUUAAAUUUAAUUAAAGCCUUAAACUAUAAUAGCUAACAUGAUGCAACCCAGACUUAGAGAUGUCAUAACACAAGUUAAGUGGUCUGCACCCUACUGUCUACAAAUGUGUCACAAAAUUCUAUGUUAAGCUAGAACCAGGGAGUGAACAUGAUAUGACUACCCUGGAAAAAUUAAAAAAAAAAUCGGAAGCCUUUUCUCAAAAUUGUAAGUAUUAACGUUAUCUUAAAGGUAUGGUUACUUGUACUUAAAUUGUUAUUCAUUUUGCGCUUAAAUAAGUACCUCAAAAUAAAGUCCUAGGGAACUAUGGCUACCAAACAAAAAUAUAAUCAAAUAUUUUUUGUAUGAGCAAAUUUAAACAGCAUUACAAAAAAGUUUUAAAGUUUCACAAUUUGCAGUUUUCUCUUAAAAGUAUAUAAAAAAUUGCCCUGCCCUCCUGAUCUAGAAAGCCUGGUAUCGAAUCCCGGAAAGUGCAAACAUUUUUUUUGUAACUAGCUGACCCGACAGACGUUGUUCUGUAUAUAAUAAAUAAAAUAAUGUUUUUAUAUGAAUUUGUGAAUAAUAUAUCAUAACAUCAACAAUUACUUCGUAAAAUAUGCACCCCGCUGUCGUAAUGAAAUUGUUUGACAGCAGAACUGUCAAACCGUGCGUCAAUAAAUUAUCUCAUAGAAAUUAUGUAUGGACACAUCAAAGGAAAAACAAGUUUUUAUUUUAUUUAGCAGCAUUUUUCUAUUUAUUCACCUUUUAAACCUUCUCUGGACUUCCACAAAUAAUUCAAGACCAAAUUUUGCCAAAUCGGUCCAGCUGUUCUCGAGUUUUAGCGAGACAAACGAACAGCAAUUCAUUUUUAUAUAUAUAGAUAGAUAAUAUGACGAUCUGUUGUUUCCGUGAUGAAUGUUAUAUGUAUUUAUGUAAGUAUGCUUUAUGUGUAGGUAUAUUGCACUCAUAGUAUAGGCUAUGCCUAGGCAUACAUUCCUGAACUAGUUCAGGGCAUGAUAAUGUGGAUAAGUGUGUCAAUAAAAAAAAAUGCAUUUAAAUCAUUCCCUAAAAGUAACUCAUUUACCUUUAUUUAAAUCCUUUAGUUAUUUCUUAUUUCAUAAAGUAUCGAUUAGACAACUGAGUUAUUGUGUUUAAUAAGUAUUCAAUUCAGUCAAUUAUGAUAAAAAGCUGAAAACCAAACGUAUUAAAAAAUUGUUAGCAAAUCCCUCGAGGUUAUCGAAUAGUAUGAAAUAAUUUAAUUCAUUAAUAGUCAAAUAUAUUAUGGUUUAUACGUUUGCGUGACUCAGCGGUCAAACGGCAAAUGAGCGCUUUGCACUUAUCAUAAAAGGUCUAGAAUCAUGACUGAAUACUGUGAUGUAACGUUUAUUACAUGUUCUUACGUUUUUUUCAACCGGCUUUUAAAAAUUAAGGUUCAUAAUUCGACUGUAUUAUUUUGUAUGUUUGCUAUCUCAUAUCUCCCGCUUAUAACGGAUAAGAACGGUUUGAAGUUUUAUUUUUGUUUGACUAAAACGAUCAUGACCAUGCUUUUAAAAGUACAUUAAUUAAGAUAUUUUACUAUGCUAUAAGUUAUGUAGUUAUAAGUGUUCAGUGUAUAUUUUCGCUAUAUUUGCAUUGUAAAUAUGUAUAAUAUGUGUUUUAAUGUACAUUAAAGAAAAUUUAAAGUUUU